GCUCCUCCAUCUAGCGAAACUCAAGGCACCGCCCGUGCGACCAGCUCUGCCUCUGCAUCCCAUUCCAGUCGUCUCCUGUAGAGCCAUCUGUCGGAAGGAGAGAGAGCGGCCGAGGACUGAAAAAACCCUAACCCCAAAUUCGAAGAGUUCGUAAGGGUUUCACGCUAUUCAUCCGACAUGGAUGGAGAUGACGAAGUAGUAGGCCCAAUGAUGGACGAAAUCUACGCGAACGGCGUGGAAGACCCUAGGGCCACAACCUCCGCCACCGCUUCCGCCACCGCUGGCCGUCGCCCCAUCAUCAGCGGUGAGCAGCUCGACAUUGAGGCAUACGCCAGCCUCUACAGCGGCCGAACCAAGAUCACGAGGCUGCUUUUCAUCGCAGACCGCUGCGAUAAUCCCGGCAUGCAGAUGGAGGCGCUGAGGAUGGCCUAUGACGAGAUAAAGAAGGGCGAGAACACGCAGCAGUUCAGAGAGGUUGUGCAGAAGAUCGACGGGAGGUUAGGACCGGCGUACGGAAUGGACUCAGCGUGGGCUGAGACCGUGGACCGCAGGGCUGAGCAGAGGAAGGAGAAGCUCGAGAAUGAGCUUAAUGCAUAUAGGACAAAUUUGAUCAAGGAAAGCAUUAGAAUGGGAUACAAUGAUUUUGGUGAUUUUUAUUAUUCUCAUGGUGCCCUUGGAGAUUCUUUUAAGAAUUAUGUUCGUACUCGUGACUAUUGCACCACAUCAAAGCAUAUAAUUCAUAUGUGUUUGAAUGCAAUUUUGGUCAGCAUUGAGAUGGGUCAGUUUACUCAUGUUACAAGCUAUGUCAGUAAAGCUGAACAAACACCAGAGGCCUUGGAUUCUGUUACUUCUGCAAAACUGCGUUGUGCUGCUGGGUUGGCGCAUUUGGAGGCUAAAAAGUACAAACUUGCUGCUCGGAAGUUCUUGGAGACGGGUCCUGAAUUGGGGAUUAACUACACUGAAGUAAUUGCAUCUCAAGAUGUUGCCACAUAUGGUGGACUUUGUGCACUUGCAAGCUUUGAUCGGACAGAGCUGAAGAACAAAGUUAUAGACAAUGUCAACUUCCGGAAUUUCUUAGAGUUAGUACCUGAAGUGAGGGAGCUCAUUCACGACUUUUAUUCAAGCCAUUACGCCUCAUGCCUUGAAUACCUUGGAAAUCUCAAAGCAAACUUAUUACUUGACAUCCAUUUGCACGAUCAUGUUGAGACAUUGUACAACCAAAUCCGUCACAAAGCUCUUAUUCAAUAUACUCAUCCAUUUGUGUCUGUUGAUCUGCGCAUGAUGGCUAAUGCUUUCAAAACAACUGUUUCUGGGCUGGAGAAAGAACUCGAAGCUUUGAUUACUGAUGACCAAAUACAGGCUCGGAUUGACUCGCACAACAAAAUUCUGUAUGCACGACAUGCAGAUCAAAGGAAUGCAACUUUUCAACGGGUUCUGCAGACGGGCAGUGAAUUUGAUCGGGAUGUCCGGGCAAUGCUGCUGAGAGCGAAUCUUAUUAAGCAUGAUUACAAUCUCAGAGCAUCAAGGAAACUUUAAAUUGAUAUUCCAUCUGGAACAGUCAAGUAUGGUUAAAGGUUUCUUAAUUAGAUGGGGCUCCAAGGUAGAGAAAUGCAUGAAGAAUACUUCCAACAGAAAUGGUGGUGCUUUGCUGGUGGUGUGCAUUUUGAGGGUCUCUGGAUGCAUAGUUAUGCAACUAUGAGCACCAUGUCAUGUUUUCUCCUCUGUAUAUGCUUGGGUUGAUCAAAUAACAGUGAUUCAUUUUUAUUUUGUAUGAAAAAAUUUUCCGGUUUUGUAUUUCCUGCUAUGCAAAUUGAGUUUCAAAUUAUAUGAAUAGUCAUUACUAUGUUGAGAAACUUUUGGGACCUGUUUGGCAUCAUUUCUGUACAAUGAUGAAAUAGCUUACGAAAA